AUGAAAAAAAUUACGGUCAAAUUAGUGUCCUGCAUAAUACAAAAUUGCUAUACAAGUAAAUGUACAAAUCUCAUGAUUUACAUGGGUUUCACAAUGACUAAGAUACUUCAUAAUAAAAUACUUUUAGUUCCCAAAGAUAAAAGGCUGCAUCUAGAAUCAAUAUUCAUUUUGUUCAGCCUAGUAAGGAAAAAAUUCGGAAAUUUUCAGUAA